UAUCAAACCAAAGUAUGCAUUCAUAACCCGUGUAAUAUAUCGUGACAUGUUCUGUCCACGUGUAUGUUUAAAUAGAAGUUCACCAGUGAUGCUUUUAUUUUGGUAAUCAUACCAGACAUUCGGAGACUUGGCUCCGGCUAACUUGACGUGGCGUCGGUAGCCGCUUGGGGCAGAGAAAAGCACGGCUGUUGCUCGGUUUGCUUGGUGCGGGAGAUGACUGCGUAUUCUCAGCCUUUGUAGGAUAUAAGGACUCGUUAGCAAACUUCGGUGUAAGCCCUAACAGUGUUUCGCGUAGUAACUUUCAGGACCAUGAAUGGUAAGUCAGCGAACGGUUCGGUGGGAGGAAUGGCCUGUAUCGAGGGUCUGCCCCCGCUCCCGAAGAGCCUGAGCGGCUUGCUGAACUCCAGCGGCGGCUCCUGGAGAGAAAUGGAGAGGAUGUACGUAAAGAAAACCAUGAUCCAGGACGAUCUGAGCCGAGGCAGGAACAACGCCGACAACCUGCUGGCGAACAAGCCGGCCAACCUCGACGCUGCUCUGGCUCUUCUGCGGAAAGAGAUGGUUGGUUUGCGUCAGCAGGACAUGUCCCUGCUGUGCCAGCUGUGGUCCCUCCAUGAGUCCAUCCAGGAGUACAAGGGCAGCUGCCAGGACCUGAGCGCCGCCUCCAGCCUCAGCAUGAUGGAGAACGGCUACUUCGACGAGGACGACGAGUAUUACCCAGAGCCUGGCGCCACUCCCACUGGAGAGCAGCCGGAUGGAGAAGCCGGAGACGGGACGGCAACAAUGGGAGCUGCAAAGAAUGGGAGCGGCAACGAUGACAGCUGGGACUCCUUUCGCGUUACCAUCUGAGGCCUCAUUCUUAGCAUUUUUCUGAUGAUGAUUCAUAUUCUGGAGGGUGAAAGACUCGUGUUGAGCUGGAGGAAAAGUUGAGCAGCUCUGGAGAGCUUUUGAAGGAAGUGUUUGGUCAGCGAUGGCAGUGAAUUGGUAUCUCAGUACCAUAACAGACUAUAACAAAUGAAGCUCCAGCUUAACUUCAGCUCCUCCUCAGGUGAAACACAACCUGCUCGUGCUGCAGAAGGUUUUUGGUUUGUUUUUUUGGCUCAUUAACACCAGCUCGCACUCAGGAGUUGGGAUGGAUUGUAUUCAAAGACUCCAUAUACUCAGAAUUAGGCAAUAUAUAUUACUUCUUUUUCUAAAGAGCUCCGCUGCUUCUAUAUCAAGUAGGUUUUGCGAGCCAGUCACCCCCUUUUUUUUUUGGCAGAACUUCUUUUUAUUUACAUAUACAGAAUAUAUGAACAAAGUUGUAUUAUUUAUUAUAUAAUAUAAAUGACAAGAUAUUUGCUUUCCUGUUUCUCUCGAUGGAUGGUUUGUUCUGCAACUCGACCCCAGCACAAUGGGACAGCAUUUACAGGUUGGACAUUGGGACUUCAACAGUGAACACAGAGGACGGGAUUCCUGAACUCUGCAGUCAGCGUUGGUGUGAAAGAGGCGAUCGACUGAUGGAGUGUGUGUGUGUGUGUGUGUGUGUGUGUGUGUUACCUUUAAGUGGUGAAAUCAUCUGCAUAGAAGCUGUCAGACCUCAAGAAUGGAGAACAAGGUGGCGUCCUCAUACCUGGAACAGGAUUGAGGGCCCCACCUUCUUGCCUUUUUAGAUGGAGCUCAUACUUAAAUGUGAAACGUUCAAAGUGCUGGAAGGAGUUCCAGCUGUCUGCGUCGGUGAGCCUAAAGCCUGCGAGCGCAGUAUUUCAGGCUGCAGAUCGCGUGCUUCGCUGAACCUUCAGAGCUGUUAGCGCUCAGACGCAUUCCUUACAGACGUUAAUGUGUCGCUGUUCUCUGCUAGCGUGGUGUAGAAGAUGGUUUCUGUCUGGCAAAGUAUGCGUUGGACUCUGCUAGCUGCCACGAUACAUCAGCUUGAGUCUUGUUCUCAGAGUUAUGGCCAUCAUUCCUGUCAAUAAUAACUUUGUACUUUGAAAUGAAAAACUAUGAAAGCGAGGCUCAAGUUGUAAUUAACAGUGUUUGAACAAAGCCACGUAGCAAGUGCUUAGUAGCCAGCAUCAGCUGAGAAGGAUGUAAUGUUUUAUUCAGCCGUUUUCCACAUAACCAGCUUUAGGACUUCUUAACAUACUCAAAUAAAUGCUGCCAGGAAGUGAGAAACUGUGAGUGGCUUAAUUUGCACUCGCUAGCUGCAGUGUUUGUGAAUUUAUCACGGUGACACUGACGGGGAAACGAGAGGACGUGAAUCUGAUUUGGCCUGUGAUGGUCAGCAGGUCUGAGAAGUUCACGCGUGGUGUAGCAGGUUUGUUUCUGUAGUUGUUUGCAGAGUAAACGCAGAGCCUAUCAACUAUCUAAUGAAUACUGGGUACUUUAUAAUACUUUGUAUACUACUUAAAAAAAAACUCAGCUGUCCUUCUCGACUCAUGUUCUGACGCAUCUUGUCUGGAGUUUUACAGGCCUAAGACCAGACUGAACAUUAUACAGCAUUGUCUGUGUCUGCACUUGGGGCGAGUGGGCGGGGCUUAAACCAAAACAGGGCGUGGCUAACUGUACGUUGUUCAUUUAAGCAGCUGUAAUUGAUGUGAGUUGAUCACGUCGUCUCUUUAUUUAUUAUUUCUCUUAGAUGAAUAAAAUUCCAGAACAGGUUUUUACAGACUUGAAUGAAUAAACUUCAGUCAGCCACCCGAUGAGGUUUUGCCUGCGUCACGAGUACAGACAUUGACACAGUACUCGCAUGAUUGUACUUGUACUCAUAAAACAUACCUUACCCUUACCGGAUUCUCGUUUCAGCCGAGUACUCGAUCUUCUCUACUGCAAACCUUCCAGGGGGGCUGAUGAAAGAUCUGAGCCUCAUUCUGAAACUGAAAUAUUUGGGAGUUGGCUUUCUUAGACGAACUGAUUACUAAGAAGAUUAUAAGAGCGAACAUUUUAAAUUCCAGAUAAUUUGCCUUUAUGUGUAUCUGUGAACACAGUGGGAAGAGAAAACACAAUACCGAACCCAUGCUGAAAUCAAGCCCCCCUGGAAGGUUUCUGCUUUCCGUUUGAAGAGUGUUUCUCUUUGAAACUUCAGCUGAACGUGUAGCGUUCAACACCACAGCUCGAUGCACGGCAGCUGCUCUGUCACUCAUUUCCUCUGUCAACACCCACCACCACUGUGUGGCAAGUUUCAGUGCUGCGUUGUCUGCGUGGAUCACAUUACGUCAUCUGUUUGUAGCCUGGUCCACUGUUAGUGUGCUGGUGGAGCCCAAACCAAAGGAAGCACAGCACUCAACAUGAAAUGUGUUUGGUUUAACGUGCCGAAGAAGACCGAGAUUUUCUACUUAACUCCCCCUGAAUUUUUAGAUUUUACUCAAAAGACUCAUAAUGACAUCUGAUGUCCUGAAGAAUGUCUUUACAAGUCAGAUUUUCUCUUUCCCUGCAGUGAUAGUCAUGCCUUCAGAGAAACACUAAUGUCUUCAGCUGAGUGACAAAAUGUUUUCUUUCACAUGCUGAUUGACAGGUGAAAGUCUCAGUUGCUUCAACACACAGGUGUGUUACGAGCGCUGAAGUCAAACGUAUCAGUGACGGUACAAACCCGUAAUUUCACAAUGACCUGCAGCAGAUUAAAGGAAUAGUUAAGAUGUUUUAGGAAAUGUGCUGGUUGCUUGCUUCACCCAAAGACUGGAAACAGGUGACCGUCUGAGCUAACAGCCUAUCAGCACCUCUAAAGCUCACAGUGUUUUGCAUUUAUUUAAUACCCACAAAAAACAAAGUUUAAGUUUACUGGGUUUAUAUUUAGGACAAGAAGAUAAGAAAGCAAAUAAGCACAUUUCCCAAAAUGUUGAAACUACUGCUUUUGAUCAUUUCUGUCAACACAUUUUAUUUUAAAGGCAUUGUUCCUUUUCCCUCUGAUCUGAGUUAUAGAUAACUUCCCACUCUCUUUUGAUUAUGAAGACCUGUUGUAUUAAUAUCCACAAUCUCCAGCAGAAUUCGAUGGUAACGACUGCAUCAUCUGUUACUUUUGAUUGAAUGUUAUUCUGUUACAAAUCUUUUCAGUCUGAAGUUUAUGAAACUCUGAACUGAAGCUAAUCGAAGCGUAUUCAACCAAACUGACGCAGUUAAAAACAUUUUUUGAGCCCAGAUGUUUUGCUGGACGUCUACACAUUUAGUGCCUUUGGAAACCUGCAGGUUUCAGACCUGCGGCUCGCUGUUUAAGACUGGAAGGCGCCGCAAAGCGUUUAUCAUGUGACUCGCUCGACGUGCACAUGGCUCUUACAGCACAACUUGAAACUUGAUGACUUUUGCAACCUCCUAAAUCCUGUAAAGGUCAUGUGUUACAUCACUGCAAAUCCCAGAAGGAGCUGCUUAAAGGUGUGCUGAGUGAUUCACAGGUUUAUUCCGGUGUUUUCCAGCCUUUGCUGUUUUCUUGUUUUCUUUUUUGGUCCUCCAUCAAAGGCUCCUUUUUCAUUUUAUUGAUGAGGAUGCAGAUGAUGGGAGCGGCACAUUUUUGAUGCUUCCUCUCUCUGAAAUCUGAGUUGCUUCACAUGCAUGGAGUAACUCGUUGAUGACAUCAGUUUCUUAUCUUCGGCCCAAAUCAGUUUUUAUCUCCUACGUGUAGCAGCUUAACAACUUAGCAGCCUUAAAAAUCAGUCAUGUCGUUUGCAAAAUAAGGUGCACACUUCACUUGCUCUAACAUGUCGAGUGUUAGACUGCUUUGUGGUUGUUCUGUCUCAAACUACGACUACCUGAUCCUCUGGGAGGCUCUCUGACAGGCACACGGUGCUUAUUGUACAGUAACACUAACUAAAUCCAGCUUUGAAUUGAACACCAGCAAAUUGUACCCAGUAUUGUACCAGUUGAGUAACGUGUGGUUCCUGAUGUUAUACCCUCCUUUUCAUGUGAUUCUUUGACAUGUAAUGUGGUGAUGUCGUCUCAGGGUAAACUUGUGGCUCCUGAUGAGAAGCCGUCAACAUGUCUUCACCCUGGAGAGACAAUAAAAAAAUCUGUAAAAUAUUUGAACACGAUUGUAACGCGACGUCCAUUCACGUGAAUCGCGACGUGAAGUGUGGACAACAUGCUCGCAGCAACCACGUGGUGCCACGCAGCGAGGGGCUUCUGCCUAAAGCUGCCGUUUUUGCACCAACUUUGAACAAUCAAAUGAAGAAACAGACCAUUAGAAUGGGUGGAAAGAUCAAUUUUUCCACUUAAAGAUGCCUCAAACAGCCAGGCCGUGAUGCGACCACAAAGACUAAAGUAAGGCUUGUUACUGUAAUCACAGUCUCGCCUCAGUGCUCACUUCACGUCCCUGCUGUAGUGCUUGUUAAGAAGCACUCUGGGAAAUGCGGGAAGUGGGUGGCAGUGGAUGCACUUAAACUCAAAAUAACUUGAUCAGAGAUUGAUCAUAUUUAAUGGGAGAGCAUCCGAAGGGAGAUGAAUCCGUGAAACAUGUUGGCUUGUACUGAGAGCUGUCAAAUGGCCUCGUUUCAGUCACCUGAAAGCUUCUAAUGCUUGCUCAGCCUUGUGAAAAGGGCCCCAAACAUGCAUAAAAAGUCAAGUUUCUCACUAAAACUCUGAAUCUGUGAAUCAAACUGAAGGUUUGAGUAAACGUUGACAUACUGAAUAUUCAGAUUUCCCUCCACCUUCUCUAAUUAGUGGUUGCAGAUGUUCAAUUGUUUCGAUUCUGUGAUUAGAAGCUUAAUGAGAGACCAGCAAAGUGAAAUGUCUGACUCCGUAUUUGUACUGUGUAUUAUUCAUCAUAAUCAUUCAUUAAAUCACCGUAGUGGAAUCAGAGGGUUUGAUGUAUUCUGUGUCGCAUUAGCAGAAGUUAAUCGGAGAACAUGUGAAGCCUGUGUUGUUAGCAUCCAUCUUCAUUAGUCCUGUUCUUUGAUCCAUGAAUGACCAUACUACUGUUUCUUCAGAUAAUAAUCUCAGUGCUGUCAUACUUAUCAUACUGAUGCGAAUUUAAUUAAAGUGAUUCCAUACUU